AUGCAUGACAGUGCCAGGAGCACUGGGCAUGGAGAGGGCAGCUCCGCACAAUCAACUAAGUUACAGAAGAACCCGAAGCAGGGGUAUCGUAAACUUGGCGUGGCUAGUGGGUCAGGGUCAAAGUCYGCCGGGACAGGGUCAGGGGGUAAAACCUUGUCUAUGGAGAACAUKCAGUCCCUGAACGCAGCCUACGCCACCUCCAGCCCCAUGUACCUAAGUGACCGCGAUGCCUUGGCCUCCUCCGGUGGCUACCCUAAAGGAACCAUGACUCUGGGCCGAGCCACCAGCAGAACCUCCUACACGGGCCGGACCACAGCCAUGGGCAGCAGCCCCAACAUCACCACCACAUCAGACAGCCAGGGCUAUGGGGACCAGAGCCACACCCAGCAUCUCCAGGCAGGGGGGCCCUCAGGGCUGCUGAGGCAGGCUGGACGGGGUGGAGAAGGAGGGGGAGAGGACAUCCAGGUUCAGCUCAGGGAGCUGCAGAGAGAGAAUGAACUGCUGAGAAGAGAGAUGGAUGGAGGGAGGGAUGGGAGAGAAGGGAGGAUGAGCUCUUCUGUCAACAGUAGAAUGAACUUCUGGAGCCCGGAGGUGAAAAGUCGAGACAGAGGGACGAGGAAAGAGGAGGGAGUCCUUACAUCCAUCCUGAAGGAACAGAAGUGGGCCUCUCCAGAGGAGGACCAGCAUCUCCAGUUGUCAGUGCAUGGGCUACAGGAAGAGCUGAGAAGUCAUAGAGAGAUGAACAGUCGUCUGCAACAAGAGAACUCGGGAUCUCACACAAACAUCUCCACUCACACCGGCUCGAACCGAGAACUCCAUAUUGAGGACCACCGGGCUGGAAUCAGCCCUGGACACAGUCCUGGUCUGGGCCCCAGUCACCUCCACAGCCCUGGGCAAAGACAUAGCCCCGGCCCUGGUCUAGGAGUCAGCCCCAGACACAGCCCCAGUAACACCUACAACCAUGGGCCCAGAAACAGCCCUGUCCAUCCACAUAGCCCUGGGUACAGCUCCAACGUCAGACACCACCAAGCUGACAUCCACAGCCCUGGGUACAACUCUGGGCCUGGCCCCAGACACAGCCCUGCUAACACUCCCAUCCCCUUGUCUAGAAAGAGCCCCAGCCACCUCAUCCACAGCCCUGGCCGUUGCCUCAGCCCUCCCAGCAGCCCAUGCAUGGUCCCUGGGUGCGAUGGCUUCUCCUCUCCCCCUCCCCUGGAUCUGACGGAGGAGAACUUCAGCCGGCUGCAGUCAGAUCACGAACGGCAGGGCAAGGAGCUGUACCUGCUGAGGAAGACCCUGGAAGAGAUGGAGCUGAGGAUUGACUCCCAGAAACAGACACUGGGUGCCAGGGACCAGUCCAUCCAGAGGCUGCUGGAGAUGAUCCAGGGAGGAGGGAAGGGUCAGAGAGGCGAGAGGUCAGAGAUAAUCACCAUGGCAACAGCACGCGAGGAGGCGGAGUACCAGGUGGGUCAUCUGGAGGAGCAGCUGGACCAGAGGGAGAAAGAGAACCUGCAUUUGAGAGAGGUGUGUGUUUCUUUGUGGAGAUUCCAAAGCAGGAACCGAGACUCUGAAGGAUCUGAAGAGGAGAUUCCACAAGAAGAACCCGAGGACUCUGAAGGAAUCGGAGAGGAGAUUCCACAAGCAGGAACCGAGACUCUGAAGGAUCUGAGAGAGAUUCCACAAGCAGGAACCGAGGACUCUGAAGGAUCUGAAGAGGAGAUUCCACAAGCAGGAACCGAGGACUCUGAAGGAUCUGUGAGAGAGAUUCACAAGCAGGAACCGAGGACUCUGAAGGAUCUGGAGAGGAUGAUUCCACAAGCAGGAACCGAGGACUCUGAAGGAUCUGAGAGGAGAUUCCACAAGCGGGAACGAGGACUCUGA